GAGGAUCAGCUUAGCUGGAACAGGGAUUCUUCAGCCACUGGCAGCUCCCCAUGGCUGUUUCUCACUGGCUCCUCACACCUGUGCUCUUCCUUCUGCCCCUCAUGACACGAGUUUCAGCACAGCAGCAAGGAUGUUCUGUCAGUGACAGCAACCCGAAAGUUCCUGAAAAUAACCCCCCUAACUACGUGGUGACCACCAUCCACGUGGAGCCAGGGUUCACCGUCUCCAUCGACCCCCGCUUCCCCGACAGCAGGUUCUUCGCCAUCCAGGGGGCUGAGCUGCUGCUCACCCAGGUGGUGGACUAUGAGGAAGACCCCCUGCUGGUGGUGAGCUUGAUCUGUGAGGACUCUGCUGGCCAGAGCGAUUCUUUGGAAAUCUUUGUCACCAUCCUCAACGAAAACGACAACGAUCCGCAGUUUCCGCAGCCGAAUCUCACCAGGUUUGUCCGAGAGGAUACAGAAGUGAAUGCAACCGUUGUGGCCCGUGAAGAUUUAAGCGCUACCGAUGCUGACCUGGACGUCAUCUACUAUGAACUCACAGCCACAGUGCAGGGCACAGACGGUUAUUUUGCCAUAAAAGGAGUUAAUAACCCUGAAAUUUAUUUACAAAAAGCACUGGACUAUGAUAAAUUUCAGUCGACAAGGUUGCUGUUGUAUGCAAGGGACAGGCCUGUGGGCAGCCCCGACCUCACCAGAACAGCCACUGCAACAAUAACCAUCAUGAUCACACAAGCAGACACCAGAGCACCCUGGUUCCUGCCCUGUGUCCUCCUCCACAAUGACACCAGCGUCUGCAUCAGCAGCCCCUACUCCGGGACCGUCAACAUCUCAGAGAUGGCGGUGGAGCCACUGAUCCUGAGACCAGGUCCCAUCUAUGCCAUUGAUCCUGACUCCACCAUAAACGAGAAGAUCUUGUACAGCAUCGUUGGGGGGAAUACAGAUGAAGUGUUCUCAGUGGAUGCAGACACAGGGAAUCUCACUAUGAACAAAAUAGUGACUUCCCCAGACUCCUUCCUCUUGCAAGUCAUGGCCACCCAGGCCAACAACGUCCGAAAAUACUCGGUAGCCACUGUAGAGAUAAAGGUCAUCAACAAGAGCCUUUAUCCCCCCCACUUUGAGAGGGGGCUCUACAACGGCACCGUGGCGGUUGGGCUGCCCCCCAGGAGCUUCGUCUUCCAGGCUGGAGAUCCUUCCACCCCCCUGAGCAUCACGGCGGCCGAUGAGGAUUUCCCUGAUAAAUUCAACCCAAACAUUGAGUACUACAUCAAGAACAGCACCGACUUCACGGCGACCAGAGACGGACUCAUCCUGACCAACGUGGUGCUGCAGUCCCCAGGAACUGUGUCCAUCGAGGCUGUUGGAAAAGAUGUGUUGAGCCUGCAGGAGGCAAGCACUGUAAUUGAGGUGGAGGUCCUGCCGGCCACAGCUGGAACCCCCUCUGAUAAGAGGUACUCUGCUCAGGACAUGGCUAUCCUAGGGGGCACCUUAGCAGCACUGCUCUUAAUUGCCUUGGUCUUCCUUGGAGUGCUGGUGUGGAAAUCCAGUAAAUGGUAUGGAAAACCUGUCAAACACCUGCUGAAGAAGAAGCUCUCCAAGGAAAUCUCUGGGGGUCACCACAAUGAAUAUUACCAGGAAUAUGAAUACCCAGACGUGAGCACCACACAGGAUCAGACAUCAGAAAACGGCAGUGUCCGGUCAGAGUCCGGUGUGCCAGAGCAGCCAGCACCUCCCUCGCCCUCCCACGAUGCAGGAGAAACUGAGAGUCUCUCCAGGGCUUCCAGCACCACCUCCAACCAGGGAGACAAAGAGGAAAAAGAGGAAGAAGAGACUGGACAGGAGAAAGAGGUGAAGUCCAUCCUGAAGACAGACAGGCACGUGGCAGACGAUGGCUACAAAGCUGUGUGGUUUAAGACCGAUGUGGAUCCAGAGGCUGGAGAGAGGGUUGAAGUGAUUGAGAACCAUGCAGCAGCAGAGGAUGAUGAUGAUGACAGUGACCAAGAUCUGCAGAAGAAUGAGGAGGAGGAAGAAGAUUCUGACCCAGAUGAGCAGCAUGGAGGGCUGGGAGUGUCCUUCGCCUCAGAGAGCUCCCCAUCUCCAGCUGCAGAGGAGACAGUCAACGUGUCUUAUACAGAUGCAGGGACAGGAGAUGACACUGAUUUAUAAUGGAAAUGGGCCUACAUACCCCCCAAAAUGGGGGAAUCUCAGCAGCUUUGCUGGCAUGAAGCUCAUCUUUCUGCUCAGGCAGCAAACUGGAAUGCAGAGGAUGAGGCUGCCUGCCCUGCCUGUCUGAAUGCAGCAAAUAAGGCCAG